UAAGAUGGCGAAUUUAGCGUGUUUUGUGGUGGGACUAUAACCGGUCUUGAAAGUUUAUGGAAAAUACGAUUCUGAUGAAAAAUACAUUAGCUUUAAUUUAUAUAUUUUAAAUAUUUUUAUGCUCAAGGCUGCUAACAGAAAUUUAUUUUUUUUAUUUAAAAAUUGAUAUUUAUGAUGACAUGAUAUUUAUGUGAAAAAUAAAAAUUAAUAAACAUCUAAAGCAACGUCGACGUGAACUUAGCUAUUUGAAAAUUCAAUAUCCAACACAAUCAAACACGAACAUUCAACAAUUUAGAAAACACUAAAACAGCCAGCAUCAGUCAAUCCAAGAUGGUGCUCGAAAGUACAAUGAUAUGUGUCGACAACAGCGACUACAUGAGAAAUGGUGAUUUUUUACCAACACGUCUUCAGGCACAACAAGAUGCUGUCAAUCUUGUUUGUCAUUCAAAAACAAGAUCAAAUCCAGAAAAUAAUGUUGGACUAAUAACACUUGCAAAAAAUGAUGCAUCAUCAAGUGUUGAAGUAUUAGCAACAUUGACAAGUGAUGUUGGUAGAAUUUUAUCAAAAUUACAUCAAGUACAGCCAAAUGGUAAUUUAAGUUUUAUAACUGGAAUAAGAAUUGCUCAUUUAGCAUUGAAACAUCGUCAAGGAAAAAAUCAUAAAAUGAGAAUAAUUGCAUUUGUUGGUAGUCCAGUUGAACUUGAUGAAAAAGAACUUGUUAAAUUAGCAAAACGUUUGAAAAAAGAAAAAGUUAAUGUUGAUAUUAUUAGUUUUGGUGAAGAAAUACUAAAUAAUGAUGUAUUAACAGCAUUUAUAAAUGCAUUAAAUGGUAAAGAUGGUACUGGUAGUCAUCUUGUAACAGUACCACCAGGACCACAUUUAUCUGAUGCAUUAAUAUCAUCACCAAUAAUACAAGGUGAAGAUGGUAUGGGUGGUGCUGGUAUGAGUGGUGCAUCAUUUGAAUUUGGUGUUGAUCCAAAUGAAGAUCCUGAAUUGGCAUUGGCAUUAAGAGUCUCAAUGGAGGAACAAAGACAAAGACAAGAAGAUGAAGCACGUCGUGCACAAACAACUGAACCAGCUGUUGAAAAACCAGAAACAAUAAAAGAAGCACCAAAUGAUGAAGCAAUGUUAAAACGUGCAUUGGCAAUGUCAAUGGAUAGCACUGAAGAAGUUGCUGAUGUACCAGAACCAAUACCACCAGUUGUUGCUGCUGCAGCAAAUGUUCCUGAUUUUUCACACAUGACUGAAGAAGAACAAAUUGCAUUUGCCAUGCAAAUGUCAAUGCAAGAUCAUUCUGAUUUUGAACCAGUUAAAGAAGAAGCUAUGGAAGUUGAGGAUGAUUAUGCUGGUGUUAUGUCUGAUCCAAUAUUUUUACAAACUGUUUUGGAAAGUUUACCAGGUGUUGAUCCACAAUCAGAAGCUGUUCGUCAAGCUGUAAGUUCACUUCAAAGCAAAGACAACAAAAAUCAAGAUGGCAAAGAAAAAGAAAAGGAUAAAGAUGCCAAGUAAUCCCAUUAUAUUCCUUUUUUUUUUUCGUACGUAAUUAUUUUCAAUAUAUAAAAAUUCAAGAAGAGAUAAUUCAUGUUUUUUUUUUUUUUUUUUUUAUGUAUUAUCAUUAUUACGAUCAGUAUGUACAACUUUGUUGUUGAUCGUUGAAUUUUCUUUAUAAAAAAAUAAAUCACUAAAUAAAUAAAAAUUAAAUAUU